GAGGUAAGGAAAAAAAAAGAUUAAAACUCAUUAUAUUUUUAUCAGAUGUCAAUCAUUUUGCAGAUCUAUAUAAAUAACGAAGUCAUACUUUUGACAUUCACAUUAUCAAACAUGGCGGCGAAGCUAUUAACUUUGCUAGUGGUUGUGGCAGCUCUGACCGGAGCUCAAUCACAGGUCACUCAAGUCACACUGCCAGACCAAACUCGCAACCACAUAUCGAACCCGCUCAUUGGUUUCGGUAUAGCGAUUCCCAAAUUGUGGGUUGACGUUCUCCAAACUUGCCACGUCACCUUCCCCAACGGAUUUACCCAUGAAGUGUACCCUAUUGACAGGCUGCCAAAUGGCCCUGUCUCCUUCUCUCCAGCUGCCCAGCCUUUUACUACUUGCGGCAUCGAAUUCCUCCACCCACCAGAAUCGAUGAGUGGGACAUAUGAACUGAUGUCUAUGGUGAGACAUACCGAUAACUCGCAGACGUUCACUCGACAGCGUUUCAAUAUAGUUAUCACCAUGCACGGUGAUCUUUGGCAAGUUGACGAUCAACAAAACUAGUCACAUUUCUCAACAAGUCUCCGGUGUUUGGUCAAAAAACUGAAUGGGAAAUUAAAUUAUAUGGUUAUAUGAAUUUA